AUGACCAAACGGCCAGCAGAUACCCAAUCCAUCUCUGAACUUCCAUUGUCAGACCCCAACCACCCGUGGACGGCACGAGGUUAUCGAGCAGAAUUGGCCAACAUACCCAAGUCUCCCACGGAAGACCCUUGUGGUGAAAUUGCCUACCAACGAGCCUUCCUCGAGGUUGCCCGGCUCCAACCUCUUCGUGUUCCUGAUCCCAGUCGCUAUCCCCAUUCUCAUUCUGCACAGGAAUACCUCCGACGAAGGGACGAAGCGAUUUUCACAGUUCGAGUCAGACCUGAUAAGGAUGAACAGCCACCACGGCCUCCGACACCCCCAAUCACAUCUAGUCCAAAUGAAAAACUCCCGUCACCUCGAUACUCUCAUGACCCUGUUUUUCCUCCUCGCAAAGCAAAUGCAGAUGCUAGAAUGGACGCGGUUCCAACGAUUCCUCCACCCAACAAAAACCAGCUCCGUUCACCUAGGCCACUUCUCCCAGCUGACCCGCAUUCUCGACCUCCAAGUGCCCCUGGCCCUCCUCCCGGCGUUCCUUUUGGUCGUCCUACAGGUGCACCUCCUGGUUACGUUCGUCCAGAGCCUCCUACCCCACCCGCUCGUACUCCCACCCCUCCUCCUCCCCCCUUGGUAUUGGAACCUAGAAUCAAAGCUCCUAAUGGUCCUGGCCGAAUUUUAUACUGA